CUGGAACGUUGCGUGUAGAGUUUUGAAAAAUUUCCGAUAAGCGAUUUGAACUUGAGAACACUUUUCGUGAAGGUAGUUCUUAAAUACGUAGAAAGCUGAGGAAAAUAAAAUGUUCUACUGCACUGAGCGGUAAAGGAAAUUCAGAUAGCAAAGCAGUGUGGCUGCGACACUCUUCUCCAUCCGCCCUGUUCACCCUUUGACUUUUUCAUUUUCCUGAAUCUAAAAAAAACAACCAUCGAAGGACAGCGUUUCCGUCGUUAAGAAGAUGUCACAUCUGCAAUAGAGGAAAGGGUUGAGUCCAUCCAAGCGUAUAUUGAGCUCAAGGACUUUUGAAGUCAAACAAAAAUGAUAACAUGGUUGACCGUGUAGAUAUGAAGCACUGAGAGUGUCAAAUUUCAACUUUCUGGCUUGCUUGCUUCUUUCAUAGUCAUAACGACUUAUUGAACACCCCUCGUAACUUCAUCAACUUUUACUUUAUUUUGUUUCACUUUUUUUUUUAUCAAAUAGACCAUCUUGGCACUGGACAUCGAGUUCGAGAUGAUAGUCAAAAGACCGCGUUUGGCCUCUGUUGUGCUGCUGGCAACACUGAUGGUCUGUUCCCCCCAGGAAGAUCAUGCCCAGCAAAACUCCGACACAGGCACCACCACAGCACCACCAGGCCCCCAUGUGACAGAUGCACCCUUUAAAGACUCACCUCAAGAAGACCUGCCCCUUCUCCUGUCACCCUACUUAGAUCGUGGUGAAAUCGACACCGCCAGAUCGUUGAGCAGCGUCCGUAUGCCGGAGUUCGCCCUCAGCUACUCGGGUUUCUUGACUGUGGACCGCGUCCUUGGCAAUCAUCUCUUCUUCUGGUUCUUCUCCUCACCACAGGAUCCACGGGCACCGCUUCUCAUCUGGCUGAACGGCGGGCCUGGGAUCUCCUCCAUGCUGGGCCUCUUCACAGGAAACGGCCCCCUGAAGCUGGUCGUGGGCUCUGACGGCGAGACUGUGGGUUACGAGAAGAGAAAGGUUAGCUGGGCGGGCCCGUUCUCCAUGCUGUACAUCGACAACCCCGUGAGUGCGGGCUUCAGCUUCUCCGACAGCGGCACGGCGGGGAGCCGGCUCACACAAGAAGGAUACUCAGAAGAUCUCUACCAGUUUCUGCUACAGUUCUACACCAUGUUCCCAGAAUACCUCACGAGAGAUCUGUACAUCGGUGGUCAGUCUUACGCCGGGCGCUAUGUGCCGGCUCUCUCAUAUCGAAUCCACACAGAGAAUCAGAAUGUUGAGACCACAACCGGAACGCAUACUCACAUCAAAAUUCCUUUAAAGGGGAUCUAUAUCGGUGGACCGUUUUUCGACCCUGAGACGAUGAUGCCUGCAUUUUAUGAUCACUUAUACGUUGUAGGUGUCAUCAGCCAUCACGAGUUACUUGUGUACAAAAAAGAUCUUGGGGAGCUUUAUCAACGAUACGUAGAAAAACGCCUGGGUAAUGAAACCCUCUCUACAAUGUUGAAAGUUAUCAUCCCUCCCGGCACGUACAUGGGUCCCACCGACAACUUCGUGACAGGAGAAAGAAGCAGUCACAGACACAUGAACAAGUUGAUGAACAGGCCCGAGAUGAGGAGACUCAUUCACGCCGGGACGAAGCACGAUUUUUCCAGUUUCAACCAAACCUUCUUCUACAUGGUAGGGGAAGAUAUAUUCGUGAGUACGAAACCCAAACUCGCGCGGCUGAUGAACGAGUACAAAGUGCUCAUCUUUAACGGCGAUUAUGACCUCACGGUCAGCACGACCAUGAUGGAAGCGGCCAUGUUGUCCAUCCCGUGGUCACUCCAGGCCGCUUACAACAGCAGCUCGAGAACUGCCUGGGUCAAGGACGAUGAAGUCUCGGCUGGGAAGCGCAGCAGUUCUCAAUCACAGUCGGAGAAUGGUCGUCUCAAAAACACGUCUGAACAAGCGCAACAUGAAGAACAACCAGGGAGAUGGUCGGCGGGUAGCGUGUGUGGCUUCUAUUCCCAUGUCGGUGGUUUGUGUCGUGUGGUUGUGCACGGUGCGGGGCAUCAAACGGCGCAGGACCAACCGGAAGUGACGCUAGAAAUGAUGAAGAAGUUUAUCUUUAACGGCUGUAUCGGAACACAAUCCUAGACGCUUCUGUACAGCAUAUAGUAUUACCUUUCUACACAAGAUGUUUUUAUUGCGGGUAAUUUAGUAACGUUCCCUUACUCGGAGAGGAAAAAAACAAACGUUUCUAGUAUGAAUUCUCUUAUAUGAAAAAAAUUAUGAAUCUGAGCCCUUUCGUAUGCGAUUUUACAAAAACAAAAAACUUGGAAAUGCGAUAUUUUUGUACUCUUAGAAAAAAAAGGUUUUAUGAGUCACUGUCAUCCGUACCCUGUGCGCUCGCGCGCGAGCGCGCACACUCACACACACACACACACACACACACACACACACACAAACACACACACACAAACACACACACAAAUGCAACACAUGCAUGCGCACUCACGAGCAUGUGUGCACGUGCACGAGCAUAGUGGAACACACACACACACACCUUUCAAAGAAACGUAGCUCUUUUAGAUAUACUUUUGAAAAAAAAUGUGUUUUAGAAAUUGAUCUCAUGAUUCUCAUAAACGAAAGUUAUUUUGAGUAUUCGAAGUCAUCAGAAUAUGGGGCACAUUAAAUAUUGGAUUGAUCUAUUCAGAAACUCACUUUCAAGGACAUGCUUAUACAUCUAUGCUAAGACAUGGUGAGCAUCAGUAAUCGUAAUAUUCUCAGUUUCACACAAAAAAAUAAACUGCUGCAGUCGUCAAAAA